ACUUCCCUGUCGCUCAUAUUCAGUAUUCUCCAUAGCAUCACAGCCAUGCUCUAGUGUAUGGCCGCUCCAUUAUUUCCGAUUGUAAUUCCUAACCAUUCCCUUUCAAUCCUAAUUCCACCAUGAUACUCGGUGCCCCUGGGUCUAGUUUCUUCACAAUGCCAACUUGCAUUGUUUCGAAAAGGAUUUACUAUGAUGUGUUUUGUCCACUUUCUCGUGGUUUGUACUUGCAGCGGGCGGUACAGCUGCCUAUUCCCAAGUGCAAGCUGAACGACCUCUCACUUACAUCCUUUCAUAUAUAUAAUAAGGCCAUCUGUUGGGUUGCCGUGUGGUUCUCAAGGCCAGGCCAAACCAACAUCAUCUUCACGAUCCUAACAACCAACAUCUACCUAUCUUGCACAUUUGUCACCACUCUCAUCAUACCCGCCCCUCCACAACGCAAUAUGUCAGGAUCUAGCUACUAUCAGCGUCCCGCUCCGAGCUACUCUCAAUAUUCCACGUCUGCAAACACCGGCGGGCAGAGACGCGAUACAUCUGCCAACCAAGCACCAUAUACUACCACAAGCUACUCAUGCUCAUCCGACCCGAUGGAGAGAUUCUGGGUCACGGGCCAGUCGUCAACCAGGCCCAAUCGUGUAGCCGGACAGAUGGAGCAAUGGAAUAGGGAAUGGAGUUCAGCGAGUCGUCGCUGAUAGGACCGGUCGGCUCUGCGAAGGAGUGUAUGGGAGCUUCCCUGCCAGUCCUCCUUAUGUUCUUUGUUGUAUGAUUAGUUUGCUCGAUACCCACCUAGCAUAGUAUCUCACAUUCUCUAUCACCGUUCAAGAAAUACUUAUUCCCCGCAAAACAUCCACCGUCCCUUGACUCACCCCCUCACCACCUCACAUCGUCGCCGACCCAGGCCGCUGCAACGCCCCGGGAAAGCGCAAAAGCAAAAGCAAGCACUCGCAACAGUGUU